AUGCCGGCCCAGACUGAGAAAAGCCAGCUCAAGCGAAACCGCUACUCGCAGGGCGAAGAGGCCGAACCAAAGCGCACUCGCCACUCGCGCCUGUCGCCGCCUCCCAACGGCCGUCUUAAGCAGGGACCGUUGCCGUCGCCUGUAACCCACAAGGAAUCCACCGGAGAUGCUUCGGAAGGCUACAAAGAAGGCACACAGAGCCCCCCGCCCAGCAAGCCAAGCCAGGCACGCGGUGGUCUCUCGUCGCCCCCAUCCGACACCCAGCCCUUCUCCCAGUUCGUCUACCCGCCCGACAGCCGGACGUACGCCGUAGAAGAUGAAGAGGAAGAAGAGGUCUGGGGCUACCUGGUGCCUAUGGAUGGCCGGGACAAAGACGUGCUAGUACUGCGCCGGCGACAGGCCUGUCCCGUUCCGCAGGGACUCGUUGGCCAGACCGAAGGAACAGAGCGGGUAAGCAAAGAAGAGUACAAAAAGCAGGAGGAUAGGUACGAGAGGGAGAAGCAGGAGCGCGGUGUACCAGCAGGUGGCUACCUCAUCGGUCGCCACAGAGAGUGCGAUCGAGUCCUCAGUUCACCCACCGUCUCAAACCGGCACUGUCUGCUGUUCACAGAGAAGAAGGGCGGCGAUGUUGUCGCUGUACUCGAAGACUUGUCUGGAAACGGAACAUUUGUCAACGACAUCUUCGUUGGGCGGAACAAGCGACGCGAAUUGCGCGAAGGUGACGAGAUUGCCAUCUUGGACCAAGCCCGCUAUGUCUUCAGAUACCCGUUGAAGCGCAACACCCACCGGUUCCGACAACAAUACACCAUGCAGGAGCAGUUAGGCAAGGGUCAUUUUGCUUCAGUAUACCUCUGCGCAGAGAAAGCGACUGGCGUACGGUACGCAGUGAAGAAGUUCGAGAAGCGUUCUGGUCCUGGAGAGAAGUCCAAGGUCGAGGGGCUGCAGCAAGAGAUUGCCGUGUUGAUGAGUGUUAGCCAUCCGGCGCUGCUGUGUCUCAAGGACACAUUUGAUGAGGAUGAUGGUGUCUACCUAGUGCUCGAGCUCGCGACUGAGGGCGAGCUGUUCAACUGGAUCGUCAUGAAACAGAAGUUGACCGAGACGGAGGCACGCAAGGUGUUCGUACAAUUAUUCCAGUCGGUUAAGUACCUGCAUGAGCGCAACAUUGUACACAGAGAUAUCAAGCCCGAGAACAUCUUGCUCACAGAUAAGGAUCUGUCGAUCAAACUGGCUGAUUUUGGUCUUGCCAAAAUUAUUGGUGAAGAAUCUUUCACAACAACACUGUGUGGAACUCCGUCAUACGUUGCGCCCGAAAUUCUGGAAAAUUCCAACCACCGCCGCUACACCAGAGCUGUAGACGUUUGGUCAUUGGGCGUCGUACUGUACAUCUGCCUGUGUGGGUUUCCUCCCUUCUCAGACGAGCUGUACAGUGAGGACAACCCAUACACACUAUCGCAACAGAUCAAAAUGGGCCGCUUCGACUAUCCGUCACCGUACUGGGAUUCCGUUGGCGACCCUGCGCUGGAUCUCAUCGACAAGAUGCUCACAGUCGAUGUCGAGAAACGUAUAUCGAUUGAUGAAUGCCUGCAGCACCCGUGGACUACGCAAGACAAAAUAAGCGUCACCGACAGCACAGACGGUCUUACGGGGGCAAUAUCCAAGCUCGAUUUCUCCAAGCGCAAGAUACAACGGGAGCGCACUAUGCUUAGUAGCAUUAAUGAUGUUAAGGUCACUCGUGUCAUCAACGCCGCUGAAGGCCAGGAGCCCGUCAAGGUUUACGCAAAGAAUGGAGUUGAGAACGGUACGAAGAUGAACGGCAAGACCCAUGGUGCUGCAGAGGUAAGGCCUGCCGAUGAGCGAAAUCCCAACGAGUUCGUCGAGAUGGGCGGUAAAGGCGAUCAGACUCUGUACUCGGAAGAGGACGACGGUUCCCGCUAUGCAACUGACCAAAGCCUUGCAUCCGCACAGAGCAAAGGUCAGGUGAACUGA